GCGCGCAAACGAUUGGGCCCACCCUGGUGUGCGAUUGGCGAACGUGGACGUGGGGCCGAGCGGGUGGUACGUGUGCACGCACAGGUCACGUACCUAGGUGCGACCUCGGCUCUUGGUAUUUGAGCCAUGGCGGUCUCUCUCCUGCUGCGGGGAGGACGAAUCCGGGCGCUGAAGGCUGCGUUCCUAGAGGCAAGAGUGUUCCGAGGAGAGCUGGCUUCUACAGUGCCACUGUCUACAGACUCAGAAAAGAGUGAAAAGGCAAAAGGACCACAGCCCACGACACAGAGUGCGCUCAAAGAUGUGGGAGCAGAGGAGAGGGGCCAGCUCCUAGCCACGCACACAGCAGCGGCACUGUCCAAAAGCUCACCUCCACCCAGUUCUUCCCCAUCAGUGGAGGGCACAGGUGGGGCUGUCGCAGGCCCACGCCCUGGUGGCAGCCUGCUGCCCACAGAUGAAGGGCUUCAGAAGUAUUUGUCAAGAAAGACUUCAGUAGCAUUCCCUCAGAAAGCUAUGCCUCCACCACAAGCACGGGGUUCUGACUCAGAGGCUCGGCGGCAUGUGCAGAAAGUGGCGAACUCCUCGUCCUCAUCUUCCUCAUCCUCAUCUUCCUCAUCCAGCUCUUCAGAUUCAGACUCUGAUGGGGAGGAACAUGACUCAGACAUUGGUCCCCGCACAGCAAGCAAAGGCAAGGCAGGGUUUUCCAAACCGGAGGCCUCCCGUCCCUUGAAGAACGGGUCCCCUAAAAUCGCAGUUUCUGCAAAAGAGAAGACCAAGGUCCAAAAGUCACACACAGAUGUCACCUACCCAGAGAAGUCCCUGCAGCCUAAGAAGAAAGGGACUGUCACCAAGCCUGUAGAAGACAGCAAAGAAACCAGGUCCAAGCCCACGACAUCCAGGCCACAGUCUAGUGAUAUUUUGGAGCAAAAGGUGAAGGAAGAACACCAGGGGGGGAAACCCAGACCAGCCAAGACGGGAAAGGAAAGUGCAAAGCCAUUUGAAGCUGAAGGAAUCUUACCUGGACACAGGAGAGCCAGAGUAUCCGCACAGCCCACUAGUGGGCCAGUGCCCACAACGCAAACACCAGAGGCCAGCGCAGAACAUCCUCCAGCCGCUGCCCCCGGGGCGGGAGCUCGACAUCUGGAACCAAAAGUGCCAGAGCCCGGGUGGAAGACCGCUUCUCCCCCGGUCAGAAAAGAAAGCCUGGAGAUGCGGGCGCCUGAAGGAUGCCCCCAGGCCGAGGAGGACCUGAAGACCUUGGAAGAUCGGAAACCAGUGAGAUAUUCGAAGACAGUUCCCGUUCUGGAGAAAGAAACCUUUGAAGAGAGCGCGGGACCACCGCUGGAGGGGCGCCAGGUGGCAGUCGGUGAAGCCCUGCCCACUGAUGCAGGCCCACCCCAGGAAGCCCCAGCCGACACUCAGGAGCCGGAGCCGACCGACACCACCACCUACAAGAACCUGCAGCAUCACAACUACAACCCAUACACCUUCCUAGACCUGAACCUGGAGCUCUCCAAGUUCAGGCUGCCACAGCCGUCCUCGGGACGAGAGUCGCCUCGGCACUGAGCUCAGCUCGAGGCAGACCCCCACGUCGGUCCCAUGAAUCCUCGCCUCUGAGAAUAAAAGUGAGAGUCACCAA